CGUCGCCCGGACGCGUCCAACUCACCAUCCACUGAUACCCGCAAAUUCACGAACAACACCACGACGUAUCCACACAAUGGCGCUUCUAGUAGAUAAACACCGACCGCGCAAUCUCGAGGCGCUCAGUUACCAUCCCGAGCUUUCAGAUCGUCUUCGAGCCCUUGCACAAAGCGGCGACUUCCCACAUCUCCUCGUAUACGGUCCUUCCGGUGCAGGAAAGAAGACGCGAAUCGUCGCAACACUCAAAGAACUAUACGGUCCUGGUGUCGAAAAGAUCAAGAUCGACGCGCGCGUCUUCCAGACCACCACGAACCGCAAACUCGAAUUCAACAUCGUCGCUUCUGUAUAUCACCUCGAAAUCACACCUUCAGAUGUCGGAAACUAUGACAGAGUGGUUGUCCAAGACCUGCUGAAGGAGGUUGCGCAAACACAACAAGUCGACUUGGGCGCAAAGCAGCGCUUCAAGGUGGUGGUGAUCAACGAGGCAGACCACUUGACAAGAGAUGCGCAGGCAGCGCUGAGACGGACCAUGGAGAAAUACAGUCCCAACUUGCGAUUGAUCCUGCUCGCCAAUUCGACAAGCAACAUCAUUGCGCCCAUCAGGAGUAGAACGCUACUUGUGAGGGUGUCAGCGCCUACAGAGACCGAGAUCUGCAGUGUUUUGAGCAAAGUGGGCAAGAAGGAGGGAUGGAAGGAUGUUGAGAGUCUGAACCAGAGGAUAGCGAGGGACAGCGGGCGAAACCUGAGGAAAGCGCUGUUGAUGUUCGAAGCAGUACACGCUCAAAACGAGAAAAUCACGGACCAGACGCACAUCCCACCGCCAGACUGGGAAGCACUCAUCCAGCAAAUCGCCCGCCAAAUCGUCGAGGAGCGAUCUCCUCAACGCCUUCUGCAAGUCCGCGCAUCACUGUACGAUCUGCUAUCGCAUUGCAUCGACUCCACGACCAUCAUAAAAACGCUUACCUGGAAACUCAUACCCAUGACAGAAGAUGCGCUGAAGCCGGAGGUCAUCAAGUGGGCAGCGUUCUACGAGCACAGGUGUAAGAUGGGCGCCAAGCAGAUCUUUCAUUUGGAAGCUUUCGUCGCAAAGUACAUGAGAUUGUACGAGAGCUACGCCAUGGGCAUCGAUUUCGAUUCGUCAUAGUCGGACAUUUACAGGCAUACGGUCCAGGCGUGGAGGAAAAGUAGAUAAUGUGUCAUCAUACCAGGGUGUUCUGGCGCUGCAGAGCGCGUCUCGCGUUCGGCGUUUGGCGGUUACGUCAUAGCAUGGAGCUUUCCCCAUACCUAGAGUUUCUCAGCUUCAAUACCACUACAGGCUCACACAAUCGAAAUACUCUUUACAUUCUCCACAUAUA